AUGACGUACACAGUGGUGGUGUCUCCGCCGUGCUACGCCAGUAACCCCACCAUCCACUCGGAGGCGAAUCGGCCACGACAGAGACAAAACUUGAAGACCCAGAAGAACAACCGAGGCCAGAAGAGCGGUGGCGCCUCCACAACCACCACUACUACUUCCGGCUUCGGCGGCAAGAAAAAGGAUCCUCUGUGGCAGUGUGUUCAGGGUUGUGGCGCUUGCUGCAAGCUCCAAAAAGGUCCCUCCUUUCCCUCCCCCGAAGAAAUCUUUGACGACCCUUCUGAUAGCCAGGUGCAGAUGGGUGGUGCAUACACUACGAAAAAAGCACAAGAACAUGCUCUAUCUAUGCCGCCCUCACUGAGAGCCACUUCCAUCUCCCUCAGAGGAGUUGGAUCGGGUGACAUGGUAGGAGAAUUUGAUUUUACCUGCAGACCUUGGAAUGAGAAUGGACACAAGGGUUACUUCAGCCUUUCAAUAUCAGUGACUAAUGGCUUGGCGAAUAUGAGUCCAGCGGUGUUGGCAGGUAGGGAGAGGAGAUGUUCUCUGAUGUGUACGGUGCUUUCGACAGUGGAUUUGAGCGAGCCUUAUGGCAGUGCCAUGGGAAGGGCAGAGGAUCCCUACCAAGGUGAAGAACUGUUUGAUGCAUAUUACAGUAACGAGGACAUUGAAAUGCAGCCUUCUUUUGAUUAUAAUCCUUGUGCAAAGCAUUUCUUUACAACACCUGGAGAGGAGUUAUGCUUAUCUUCAGUGUUGGUGACUGAUAUCCUGGUCACCGGUGUAAGGCAGCCCUCACUGAGAGCCACUUCCAUCUCCCUCAGAGGAGUUGGAUCGGGUGACAUGGUAGGAGAAUUUGAUUUUACCUGCAGACCUUGGAAUGAGAAUGGACACAAGGGUUACUUCAGCCUUUCAAUAUCAGUGACUAAUGGCUUGGCGAAUAUGAGUCCAGCGGUGUUGGCAGGUAGGGAGAGGAGAUGUUCUCUGAUGUGUAUGGUGCUUUCGACAGUGGAUUUGAGCGAGCCUUAUGGCAGUGCCAUGGGGAGGGCAGAGGAUCCCUACCAAGGUGAAGAACUGUUUGAUGCAUAUUACAGUAACGAGGACAUUGAAAUGCAGCCUUCUUUUGAUUAUAAUCCUUGGUGUGCAAUAGCCUGAACCUGCACAUGCUUAUGGCUUGGAUGAAAUGGGACUAUGUGGGAGGAUCUUUGGUAACUGGCCCGGCCUUAGUUUGCUAAGGCCAGACCUGGAAAGCUGUGUCUAACAAGGACUUGGUGGAGUUUUUUACAGCAAUAAGGUUGCUCCCUUCUAACCGGGCCAUCAUAGAUAUUAGCCACGGAAAUAGUCUUUUCACAUAAAGAUGUUUAGCUGCAUACCUGUAACUCUUCCUAAAUCCUACCGUGGCACUUCCUAAAUCCUAUAGUGGCAGGUAGCUUGGCUGAU